UAAUAAUAAUAAUAAUAAUAAUAUAAGCCAAUUAUUAUCACAAUCAGCAUUGAAUAUUCAACAAUUAGAGCGAACAAGUAAUUAUUUAUGAGUAAAAAUUGACCAAGAUAACUGUAUGCACAUACAUAUUUAAUAGAUUAUUAAGAUCUGUUCGUGAGUCUUACAUCAAAUGUAUUUGAUCAAUAGUAAUAAUAACAAUAGUAAUAAUAAUUGCAAUGUCUACACAAGAUAGUCUGGUUAUAAGUGGACAGUUAGAAAUAUAUCUCCGUAAUACAUGGAUACCAAUCAAAGCAACUUUGCAAAAUGAUGCUUUGGUUAUUGAAUUGGAACACACUCCAAGUAUUUCUAGCAAUCACCACGAAGAUAUUUCCACUGCAAAACGUCUGGUACGUAUAACAAAAGAAGAACUAAAUGGUCUAGGAAUCAGUAUUAAAGGUGGUAGAGAAAAUAAGACACCAAUUCUAAUCAGUAAAAUAUUUAAGGGUAUGGCAGCUGAACAAACUGGUCAACUGAAUGUUGGUGAUGCAAUAUUAUCUGUAAAUGGUGAAGAUCUACGGAAUAGUACACAUGAUGAAGCGGUUCGAGCAUUAAAACGUGCUGGACGAAUUGUUGAAUUAGAAGUAAAACAUAUGCAUGAAGUGACACCGUAUUUUCGAAGGGCAGUAGGGAUGGAAACUAUAGCAUGCUCUGCUGAUCUCAGUUGGCCUACUAGUCAGCUCGGUAAUCUGGUCCCAUUCGGAGCUAAUGAUACCACUGGUAAAAAUGUCACAUCAACAAGUAGUAUAGAGCAUCCAGGACGUUCUGGUGGUCCUGGUGUAGUGCCAUUAAGAUUAACACAUUUAGUAAGAGAUUUAACAUUACCAGAUGUGACUGGUUGUUGUUUUGAGUUACACAGUUCAGAUGGUCGACGUUCAUGUCUACUCCGUGCACCAGAUGCUCAAGAAGCUCGAAUGUGGUUUGAUGCAAUACACAGUAAAAUGAAAAUUAUAAAUAAAUCUUAUUUGGCUGAACUAAAUCGUCUACUUCCCCCAACCCAAGAACUUAAACAACUGGACUGGUUGGUGGAAUUACGGUGUACUAGUUCUGAUGUACCAAAUAGAGUAGGUGAUCAUAUAGAUGAUAUAAAUGGUAAUAUUGUAAGUGAUAUUCUAUCAGCUGGAGAUCACACGACAGCAACAGCACAUUCCCAACUUAUUCAUACAACAUGGAAACCAGUAUUCGCAGCUUUAUCUGAUAGAGAUUUACUAUUGUAUGAUACUGCUCCUACAUCUAAAGAAGAAUGGGCUAAUCCUGUACAAGCACAUCCAUUAAUUGCUACACGUGUUGUUCAUGUUGAUUUAAGAAAAUCAAUUCUGAAUGAUUCUCAUGCACAAAAUGAAAUUGGUCGAAGAUAUCCACCUGGAGACAUGGUCACAUUUGUAACUAGAACAGGUAGCAAACACGGUGUUGAAUCUCAUACAUUUGCCGUAUCUACUCAAGAGGAUUUAAUGACGUGGUCUAAUGCAAUUAUUGAAGGCGCACAUAUGGCUGUAGCCGGAGCUCAAGAAGUAGUUAUCACUUGCAGAUGGCAAAAUUAUGAUUGUCGUUUAACAUUACACUAUGAUACUGGAUUAAAAUUAAUCUCUUGUCAAUUUCCUAUAGAAUCACAUUCAAUAGCACAAUCUUAUCCACAUGGGAAUAUGACUAGUGGACAUGUGAUAUGGGAGUAUCCAUAUGAAAGGUUGAGGUCAACUGCAGAUGAUGGAAAGACAAUUCUGUGGAUCGAUUUUGGACCAGAUGGAGAAUAUUUUUAGGAAAUUGUUUAAGCAGCUGGGCAUUCAGUUAUAACUCACUGAACGAGACAAUUAUUUCAACUUAUUUCAAAAAUAAUUUCUUUUGGAAGAUUAUUGUACGACAUCUGAUCAUUCAACAAGCGGGUUGUUGAUUAAAAUGUAAAUUACUAUUGAUUGGAAGUUCAAACUAAAUUUGGUGAGCAUAGGUGUACAUCAACAUCAACAGUAUUCCUUGAGAAAUUACAUCUAUGUUGCAUUAUUUCGAAUUGUUUUGUAAUUAAAUAUGAAGUCUAUUGCUAGUUUCGUGUUCCUUUUAUCUUUGGAAAUAGAAUCUUACAAAAAUAUUUCCAGAAGAGCGAAACCGAGUAUUAACUUGUAAUCCACUGAACGAUAUUGUUUUUCCUUACAUAUACUUCUUAACCAAUGCCUUAUGAGGCAUACCUAAUAUCCAGUUUUCAAUAAAUUGUUUAUACAUAUUAACAAAAGUUAUAAUUUGUUAAUUGACAGGAAUUAGAUUUACUUGGAUGUCCAAAGCCUGUAGUAUUCAUUCUACACAAUAUAUUAUCUGCCAAAGUAACGAGACGUGGAUUAUUUGGAUAACAGAAGAAACAUUUCGGGAAACAUUUUAUUUAUUUGUCAAUAUAGAAACAUACGCACACACUCCCAUCUAGUUCUUAACAGCAAUACAACGAAUGGUAGUACAAGGAAAAGGACGGAAGCAUAUGUAUAUUGUAUAAUAAAAUUCUACGUAUGAAUACAUUGAUAAAUUAAUAUUACUAACUUCGAAUAAUAUUUAAUCUUUAUUCAUUUUUCAAUUAAGCAAUCAAAAAAAGUUAUUAUAGUCGUUAUCAUUGUGUACGAUACAUUCCAAAUUUAAAAACAUUUACUACUGACAAAUCAUCAUUAUUGUUCAAAUUUGCGUCGAACAAUCACUACAUGGAUAUCUGUAUAGAGAAGACGAAGUUCACUCUCCAAUAAACACUUUACAAACUCUGAACCAUGUGAAUAUCUUUUUGUUGUCUGAUAUUCUUUAUUGCUACUUAGUUCCAUUAUCCCAUCCCUUGUUUUCUCCUAACAUUGUGUUGAUUAGUUGGUUUUAUUCCAAUGUGAAAUAAGUGUUUUAUUUUCACUAGAUGACUAGUAGAUUCAAACAAAAAGGUUGUAAUGACAAACGUAAAGAGAGCUGAAAUGAAAGAAAAAUAUUUAGUUGACAUUGGACCAGUCAUUUUUAUCAUCGUAGUUGUUGCCGUCUUAUGAUUUUAUUAUUCUUCUGUGAUACACUACCACUCGUUUUCCUUUCUCUUAAUAAAGAUGUAUUUCUUUGACUCAUAUCGAAUCUACAGUAAACUAAAAUGUGACUGUUAACAAUUAUGCUGUUUUACUAUUAUUAUUGUUAAUGAUUACCUACUUACUUGCUGGUCUACUUACUUGCUUUUUAUUAGUAAUUUAUUCUCACUGUUCUUCUGUUUGUUCAAUAACUAAUCCAGUUAUUGAUUGAGUUUUGAAAUGAAACUAAGAAUGAAUUGGUUUAUCUUUUUCGUUUUUUGAAUGUUCGUGGUUUCUGUGAUCAUUUUGAAAAUAAUGAUCGUAGUGGAAGACAUUCAUCUGAUAGUCGUAUGUAGAGAAUGUAUCCUUUGCUGAAAUCCUAAACAUAAUUAUAUCUUACAAAGUAAAAAUUUACUGAUACUUCAACAAGAUUUUAUCUUGCUUCUCAUUUCGAUUGAAUAACAAGGAUUAAGUGUUUAGUGUUUGCACUAAGUUUAGUAUAUAUAAGCAACAGAAAUAACAGUCAUUUUUUUCACACGUGUUUUUAGUCGUGAACAGAAUAUGACUUUAAUCUCUAGAAAAGCCCCUUCCUUACUUUUAAUCACUUAACUCUUCAAUGGACAAAUUGAAUAACUAUUUGCCAUUCACAGUGUGACUACAUGUUAGUGUUGUAACAUGUUUAAAUUUGGUAAAAAAUAACUUGACUACAAAUUUUAAAUGUCUAUUUUUAGUAAUGAGCAACUCAAUAUUUUUGAAAAGUGGGGGAUUCUUUCAUACUAUUUUUACUGAAUUAAAUGACAUUGAUCC